AUGUCUCUGCCUGAGCUACCUAAAUUCCGCUAUCGCCAGCCGCGUAUGGAUUAUGUCGAAGACGUCGAGCAGUACGUCCCGGGCGGCUACCACCCUGUCGACAUCGACGAUGUGAUCGGCACUGAUGACAAGCGAUAUAUAGUUAUCCACAAGCUCGGCUUCGGCGGCUUCUCGACAGUCUGGCUAGUUCGUUCGUGCCAAGACAUGCGCUACUUUGCCCUCAAGAUCCUCCGUGCCGACGUCACCAACGCUAACGAGCUGCGAAUCCUCCAGCAUCUCAAAGGCCUCGGCUCCGAUCAUCCGAAUGUCGUAUCUUUAUACGACUCAUUCCAGAUCGAGGGCCCGAAUGGCUCGCACCAUUGUCUCGUUUUCCCUGCCCUAGGACCGAGCCUCUACAACUUGAGUGUCGCCGAGAACCUAUCCGGUCCUGUGCGGCAUCGCGUGUGCCAACAGAUUGCCAGUGGCAUGGCGUUCCUUCAUCAACAGGGAAUCUGCCACGGCGAUCUUACCAUCUCUAAUAUUGUCUUCGAGCUUCCAGACAUCCGGUUCAUGUCUCCGACCGGUCUGUGCCAACUUCUAGGCCCCAUAAAGGCCGAGAAACUCAGAUUGCCUAAUGGUUCGUACUCGCCACACGCCCCAAAACAAGUCGUCCAGAGGCCCGAUCUCUCGGGCCUGGAUCUGUCUUUACUCGUAAAUGUCCGAAUUGUCGAUUUCGGACAGGCCUUCUUCGCGAAUCAACCGCCCACUUCGCUGGGGAUCCCUAUCCAAUGUUUUCCUCCAGAGGUCUGUUUCGGCCUUCCCCCCUCGGCCGGAAGUGAUAUUUGGGACCUCGCCUGCGUCCUAUAUCAGGUCCACGGCAUAGCCUAUUUAUUUCCUGUAUUCUUUCCGAUAUUCGGGAUUCUCAUGGGCACUAUCGUGGGUAUGCUAGGCCCGCUUCCCCCGCGUUGGAAGGGUCGGUUUAUGUUUGAUGAGUACGGUUACAGAGAAAGGGGACAACUUAAAAACGUGGACAGAAAAGAGCCGCCGUGGUGGUUUGAGGACCAAGCUCUCGAAGAGUCGAUGAACGCCCGGCUUUUUAAAAGCGCACCACAUCUCUCCGCCCCUCAACGGGAGGAAUUUGCCCAGCUUCUCCUAGAGAUGCUGGCAUACGAGCCCGAGAAGCGAUUGUCGGCGAUCAACGCUGUACAGCGUUUGAAGUCGGCGGCAUUUUUAGAUGAUAAUUGA